GGGGGGGAUCUGCUGCCCGGUCCGAGGGAUCGCCGAGGCCGUGAGACGGGCUCGCUGCUCGAGCCAUGAUGGGCACCAAGUCGCAAGGCUCGCAGCCCCGGCACCAGGAGGCAGAGCACAAGAAACUCGCCCUGAAAGCCUUCAAGAAAGUGGGCUUGCUUGAGGAUGAAGAUGUGAAAUUCAUGCUUAAAGGCAGCAAGUUACAAAAAUUAAAAUCAAGGCGAUGGAAGAAGGAUCGAAGGAUGAAGCUGCAGGAUGAUUGCCUUUCCAUCUGGUGCGAGUCAAAAUCCAGGAGCAAGCCACCAACCUUCUCGGUGAUGGAUAUCCGGGAAAUCCAAGUGGGUCACCAGUCGACGGUGAUGAAGAAACACGGCAACAGCUUCUCGGAGAAACGUUGCUUCACCAUCGUGUUCGCGGGCAGCCGGAGCAGCCUGGACCUGGUGGCGGCCUCAGAGGAGGAAGGGCGGUGCUGGGUGCGGGGGCUCCAGAAACUCCGCAAGAAGGCAGAAACCAUGAGCCAGCGAGAGAAAAUUCAUCAUUGGAUCCAUGAACAUCUCCGGAAUGCUGACGAAAACAACGACAACAAAAUGAGCUUUCGAGAGAUUAAGAGCCUGUUGAAGAUGAUCAACAUUGAGACGGAUGAUGAAUAUGCCUACCAGGUCUUCAAGCAAUGCGACAGAUCAAAAACAAACAAACUGGAAGAAAGUGAGAUCGAGGACUUCUGCAAAUUCCUAAUGCAACGGCCAGAGCUGGAGCAAAUCUUCAGCUAUUACUCGGGAGAAGACCAGAUCCUGACUGUCAGGGAGCUGAAGAAAUUCCUUAAGGAGCAAAAGGAAAUUGCCACUGAUGAAAAUGCAGUCUUGAUUAUACAAAAGUUUGAGUUGAAUGACACAGCCAAGAAGAACCUGCUGUUUACCCAAGAUGGCUUCAUGAUGUACUUGUUGUCUGCAGAAGGGGAUAUAUUUAACCGCGACCAUGACCAAGUCUACCAGGACAUGAGCCAGCCACUCAGCCACUACUUCAUCUCCUCCUCGCAUAACACCUAUCUGAUGGAGGACCAGCUGGGAGGACCAAGCAGUACUGAGGCCUAUAUCAGAGCUCUCCUGAGGGGCUGUCGCUGUGUGGAGUUAGACUGUUGGGAGGGGCAAAAUGGAGAGCCUAUCAUCUACCAUGGAUACACCCUCACCUCCAAAAUCCUCUUCAAGGACGUCAUUACAACCAUCAGGGAUUACGCCUUCACGGUCUCUCCGUAUCCCGUCAUCCUGUCCCUGGAGAAUCACUGUGGCAAGGAGCAGCAGACGGUCAUGGCCCGGCAUUUGAAGGACAUCCUCGGCAACAUGCUGGUCACCGCCCUGAUUGAUGAUGAAGUCCCAAAGGAGCUUCCCUCACCCGAGGCACUCAAAGCCAAAGUCCUGAUCAAAGGGAAGAAAUUUGAAGAUUCCGGGACCACAGCUGAACGAGAGGAAGAAGAAGACGAUUGUGAAGAUGAGAAUGUAAAAAAUGGAGAGAAAAAUAAAAAGGAGGCGGUCGGGGAGCUAUCAGAGGAGUUAAUGGACCUGGUGGUCUAUUGCAAGGCUGUCCAUUUUAAUGGCUUCCAACACGCCUGGAGUAAGGACUGUGUCUGCGAGCUCUCAUCCUUCUCUGAAAACAAAGCAAAGAAACUUAUCACUGAGUCGGGGAGUCUCUUUGUACGAUACAACACUAAGCAGCUGUCGAGGAUUUAUCCCACAGGCUCCAGGGUCGACUCUUCCAACUACAACCCCCAGGAGAUGUGGAAUGCUGGAUGCCAACUAGUGGCCCUGAAUUUCCAGAAGUCCGGAAUGGAGAUGGAUCUAAACAAAGGGAAAUUUCGACAGAAUGGUCGGUCUGGUUAUAUCCUGAAGCCCAGCUUCAUGAGGAACAAAUCUAAUCUGUUUGACCCUGCAAGACCAAGAAACGGAGCAGGACUCAAUAAGACGCAGCUGAUCAUUGAUGUUAUUACAGCUCAGCAACUCCCCAAAGUGAAUAAGGAUAAGAAGAACUCUAUAGUGGACCCCCUGGUGCGUGUGGAAGUGCAUGGUGUUCCUGAAGACAACGCCACAAAGAGGACAAGAUAUAUUGAAAAUAAUGGUUUUAACCCAGUGUGGAAUGAAGUACUCAAGUUUACAAUCAGUGUUCCUGAACAGGCGCUGAUCCGAAUCGUGGUCGAAGAUUACGACUCGUCAUCCAGCAAUGACUUUAUCGGGCAGUUCACACUCCCCUUCACCAGUGUGAAAGAAGGUUACCGACACAUCCACCUGCUGGCCAGGGACUCCGCUCCCCUCUCACCUGCCACCCUCUUUGUUCGGGUCAGGAUUAAGAGCGUGUAGUGAGGAGCGAGCUGUCAGUGUGACUGUGCAAGUGGAGACGUUGAUGCACCCACCGUCCUCCUGCGGCGAGCAGCAGCUGGUGGGGCCGUGGAGCCCAUUAUGUUGUGUAACUUUGCACCUUUAACAAUGCCGCACCAUAACACAGAUAACACAGUGAGCACAAAGCUCGGCCGCGUUCACUGGGAAGUCAGGCAGCUUUGCUCUGCACCAUCGCCACCCCCAGCCUGACCACGGGCCUGCUGUUGGACCUAGAUACCGCUCACCUACAGUGAAAACUGAAUCUAAAACCUUUUACAGAGCUUCACCUUAAUCCAGGAACAUUCACCGUCGAGAAUAGUACCUGAUCUUCCCCAGGCUGGGGUUUAGGCCCAUGGACUCUUACUGUGCCGUUGACUCACACAAUAAUCCCAGCUCAGCUGAGUCAUGUGCAAUGCACCUGCAUAACACUGCUGGUUAGAACAAGUACCAGGAGUUUCCUGGAGGUGUACUUACAUAUAAAAUAAUGUACAUUUUACAGAG